CUGAUUUGUUUAUUUCUCCUCCCUCUCCUUCCCAUCCCUGUCUCUCUUUUCUCUGCGUUUGGUAAGAGAGAAAAAGGCAGAGAAAAGCUCAAAAAUGGCGAUGUGGGUUUUCGGGUACGGUUCUCUGAUAUGGAAAGCCGGCUUCAACUACGACGAACGCCUCGUCGGUUUCAUCAAAGGCUAUCGCCGUGUCUUCUACCAAGGCAGUACGGACCACAGAGGGACACCGGAGUACCCGGGAAGAACCGUGACGUUGGAGCCUGCGGGGGGCGAAUUCUGUUGGGGAGCUGCCUACAAGAUCUCCAAGAAGGAAGACCAAGAAGUUGCAGUGACGUAUUUAGAAGUGAGGGAGAAGCAAUAUGACCAGAAGGCUUAUGUUGAUUUCUUCACUGAUCCUGCAGCUACUGCUCCAGCCGUUUCAGGAGUAAUGGUAUACAUUGCAUCUCCGGACAAGAAUCAUAAUGUGAACUACUUAGGGCCAGCCUCCACUGGGGAGAUUGCCAAACAAAUUGUUAAAGCUGAAGGUCCCUCAGGACCUAAUAGAGACUACCUUUUCCAACUGGAAAAGGCUCUUCUUCAACUUGGAUGCAAAGACAAGCACGUAAUCGAUCUUGCGACUGAAGUUAGGCGGAUUCUUGCAGAGACGGAACCAACUUCUGCAUAAUCCAUAGUUGCAGCAGAGAAGUUCCCAUAGUUCAUAUAUUGAAGAUUAUUGUUCCAUGAGAAACAAUGUUAGGAUUUAGUCAUGACAUGUUUCAGCUAAACUACCAAAUGUACGUUUACUCAAAAAACGAGCCGCAAUGCCCCUAUUUGAAAGGAUGAAUUUAGGCAAGGUUGAAUGUGAAAACUUGAAUCGUACCAAUGAGCCAAGAGUAAUGAAACCAUAA